AUGAAAAAUCAUUGGGAUGUGUUGAAAAAAUAUUGGCUUCUAUGGAAUAAUUUGUUAAGGGGUGAGACAAGCUUAGGCCGUGAUACAUUGACUGCAGCUAUAUCUGCAUCUGAUGACUGGUGGACCAAGAAAUUGGAGACGUAUCCUGAUGCUGCUAAAUUUUGGCAUGCAGCUGUUACAGGAGAAUGGACAUACACUCCUAGCUCAGGGGUUAUGCCUCACACUGAUGAGAUUGUGGAGGAAUUCCGUACCCCACAUGAUACUGAAUUUCAUGAUGAUGCUAAUUUUGAGGUGGUUCAUCCUUCCGAGUUAAACAAAAAACGUCCAUCAAACACUGAUAGUUCAUCAACUAAGAGUAAGACAAAGAAGAAAUUUACUGGUGCUGCUCUACUUAACAUGACACUUGAUCGUAUAGUCAAUGUGGUUGAGUCAUCUUCAGCAACUUCAACACAGACCUCAUCAAGAUAUUCUUUAAUUGCAGAAUGUUUGGCGAAGUUGGAAAGCAUCCCUGGUGUGUCCCUGGAUGAUGAGCUGUAUGUAUGGGCUGUCAGAUUGUUCUUACGAUACAAGCGUCAUGAGUGCUUCAUGACUCUUCCUACGGAUGAAGUUCGACUAGGAUUUCUAAAGUUGGAGAUUGAGAUAGAGAAGACCACCACAGGUUAUCACGGCUAA